AUGAUGUGAGCUAGAUAAUCUAUACUCUCGCACUGAGAAGUUGAUACCGGGAAGUCAAAAUGCCGAUGAUAUUUGUGUACACUAAUCUAAAGGACGAGAAAGUCGCUGCAGAUUUCGAGAUUAAUACCUCCAGAUGUGUGUCGGAAGUUCUGAACAAACCCAAAGAGAGAAUUCAUGUUAUUUUGAAUCCCGACAGACGUAUGUGUAGGAACGAAGAUACUUCGCCCUGUGUGCUGAUUGAGAUUCAUUCAAUAGGGGUGUUUAGCGCCGACAAAAAUCCGGGAUACACGGAAAAGUUUAUGGAAUUCUUUUCGAACACUCUCGGAAUUCCUAAAUCAAGAGUCACGCUGGUGUAUAAAGCUGUCGAAGCCCACAUGGUCGGGAUAUUGUAACAGAAAUGUACUGUGUACUACUAUACUGGCGUUAUUCAUAUAUAAUUCUUUAUCCCAGAUUUCCCUGCAAAAUCAGCGUUAUUGUUCAUUUACACAUUACUCUUUUAACACUGAGAGUAUGUACAUCAUUUAUAAUUUGAAUGUUUAAUUAUUUUGACACAAGUUUGCGUAUAAAAAUAUAUACGGUUAUCUGUA